GAUCACUUGUUCUUUAUGUUUGUGCUGUGUCUAGAACUUUCAUCACUUUUUUCAGAACGAAUAGGUGCACAGACUCGUUGUUCCUCCAAUAUUUUCGCGAUAAUAAACAGAAGUCCUUGUUUCCUUGAGUGAACAUCUUUGGUACUUCCUAGAUCUACAGUUGUCGUGAAAAAAAAACAUGAGCGGUCUUACUGGCUUACUCGCUGCGACCGGAGGUGAUCCGUCGGAUGGGGCAUUCCUUCUAUCCAUGGCGGAACAAAGCACUAAGAGUUUAUGAGCAUCAUACUUGUAUCGAUGAAGUGACUCUUGCCUCCUGCAGCUCUUACUUAGCUCCAAGAACGACCACAGAAAAAAGAUACUUGUUGUGAUAGAUUUAAUAUUCAACAAAGUUGUUUUUGCAGUGAGAGUCACGUUCUUCGGUUUUUCUGUUUCUUGUCUACUUUCAUCCUCUGUUUCUCCCCGUCCCCCCUCCAUACAACUACAAGGCUUUCCACCUCUCCCCCUUUCAUCCCUCCCUCCACCUCCUCCCGCAUCUGCCACUGCGCCGUCUGCCGCGCCAACUAGGACAGGGCCUUCAGAGUCAAGUGUUGCAUUGCAAGCUGGGCAAAAAGUUAAGGCUCAUAGUUUAGAUUGGAGUCACUGAGAUCGAAGACGCGACCCCUUGAGAGAACAGGGGAAAACGAAGGGAAAGGGGAGAACUUUGGAGGGGACCUCUUCCGUUCAGAGUCAGUGACCAAUGAAUGCUGAGCUUUAAAAAAGAUCUGCAAAAUCAAGUCGACUCUCUUGCCGACCGCUUCUCCCUAGCGGCUGGCCCGGUUCAAAGGAAGGGAGUAGAAUGCUCGUUGAAUUAUGCUGGAGAAUUUGAAAAUUAUCUUAUUAGCUGAGUAUCGAUAUUGAGGAUGAAAUAAGCAUCGAGGAUGUGCAUUCUUAAGUUUAGUUUUGUUGAAACAUAUUGAUUUUCUUAGUGUAGGUUUUCUCAUGAAUCUUCAUGUCACUGAGUUCCUACUAUAUUACCACUUACAUCCAAGCACUCUCUAAUCUCCAUGUUUCGACACACAUGGGGAAAAAUACAAGGACUAUAAGGACAUAGGCGCUUGUGUUCAGAAAUGUCAGAAGCCGUUUGAAGAGUUAAGCGCGGCAACAGACAGGGAGUUUCAAGGUGCUUAGAUUGUCUACCUUAGUUGUAUAGGUUCAAGUUCAUCCUAGAACUAUGUAUAAUAUUCCUUGAACUAUAAUAUUAAUAAUGCUGGGCUUUGCUCCGACGCGGAGUCCAGAGUUGUCAUACACUAAAUGCUGGGAUUGGGACGUGUCUCAACUGCUCAAGCUCUCAAGCAAAGUAUUUUUUCCUCCAGGCCUCCAACGCUUUGUCAGCAAAGUUGUCCGGACGAUUUGGCUUUUAGGUGAUUGAGUUUUUUUAAGUUAACUAGUGACGAUGGACCGAGGGAUAUUGAUGUUAUCGCUUUCUCAUACUUGUGACGUUGAUUGUAGGCUUGGUGUACUAGUAGAGUAGUUCUAUCGUAGUGACCUCAAGAUGAGCAUGCUAUUACUUUCGAAUACUUCGACCAGGACCAGAAAUGCGAAGAAGGAACUAGGUAGCUCUAACUCAAGCAUAUCGAACCGUGGCGAAUUAUUUGGAAAGUUGA